AUGUGUGGCAUCUUCGCCUGUCACAACCACCCAGACGUGGUCAAGUUCAAACCGACUGCUUUGAAACUGUCAAAGGCGAUUCGGCAUAGGGGACCUGAUUGGAGCGGCAGCGUCACUUGUCACAACACGAUACUAUGCCAUGAACGGCUCAGUAUCGUCGGCGUUGAGAGCGGAGCUCAGCCACUCACCAAUGCCGAUGAGAGCAUUGUACUCGCCGUCAACGGCGAGAUUUACAACCACCGUCUUAUCCGGAAGAACUUGAAGGAGCCCUACCACUUCAAGACCACCUCGGACUGCGAGGUCGUGAUCCCUCUGUACAUGGAGCACGGUCUCGAUGCGCCCAAGCACCUCGAUGGCAUGUUCUCUUUCGUGUUGUACGACAAGAAGCUUGACCGCACGAUCGCCGCGCGUGACCCCAUCGGCAUCACCACUCUCUACCAGGGUUGGUCCUCGAAGGAGCCCGGCGCCGUAUACUUCGCCUCCGAGCUCAAGUCCCUGCACCCCGUCUGCGAUAAGAUCGAGUCCUUCCCACCGGGACACAUCUACGACAGCAAGACCGGCGAGCGAACCAGGUAUUUCGAGCCGACGUGGUGGGACGGCCAACGGAUACCUGAGAAGCCCCUGGAUCUGAAGCUGCUGCGCGAGACGCUUGAGAAGUCGGUCAGGAAACGGCUCAUGGCCGAGGUUCCGUAUGGUGUCUUGCUGUCGGGUGGUCUGGAUUCCAGCCUGGUUGCGUCCAUCGCGCAGCGGGAAACCUUGAGGUUGAAGAAGCUGGCUGAGGAGGCCAACGGCACUGCCGAGGAAAACGUAGACCCCGACAGUGGCGAGGGGCUGGUCGGCAUUGACGACGAGAACAAGCUCUCCACCAUGACCUUCCUUCCGCAGCUGAACUCCUUCUCUAUCGGUCUCCCAGGAUCGCCAGACAACGAGGCGGCGCUGAAGGUGGCGAAGUUCCUCGGCACCAAGCAUCACGUCAUGACCUUUACAAUCGAGGACGGCCUCAACGCGCUCUCGGAUGUCAUCUAUCACCUAGAGACGUACGAUGUGACCACCAUCCGUGCCUCGACCCCCAUGUAUCUGCUGUCCCGCAAGAUCAAGGCCAUGGGUAUCAAGAUGGUUCUGAGCGGCGAGGGGAGCGACGAGAUCUUCGGCGGCUACCUCUACUUCCACGGCGCCCCCGACAAAGCUGCUUUCCAUGAGGAGUGCGUCCGUCGGGUCAAGAACCUGCACCUGGCCGACUGCUUGCGCGCCAACAAGUCGACUUCGGCUUGGGGGCUGGAGGCUCGGGUGCCAUUCUUGGACAAGGAGUUCCUUGAGGUGGCCAUGAACAUCGAUCCCAAGGAGAAGAUGAUCACGGACGAGCGCAUCGAGAAGUACAUCCUCCGGAAGGCCUUCGACACCACAGACGAGCCUGAGACCCAGCCGUACCUGCCCGACAGCAUCCUGUGGCGGCAGAAGGAGCAGUUCUCGGACGGUGUCGGCUACGGCUGGAUCGAUGCGCUCAAGGACACCGCCGAGAAGAUGGUCACCGACGAGAUGAUGAAGAACCCCAAGCCCGAGUGGGGGAGCGAUAUUCCGGACACCAAGGAGGCAUACUGGUACCGACUGAUGUUCGACGAACACUUCCCGCCGUCCUGCGCCUCGACAGUGAUGCGGUGGACACCGAAGUGGUCCAAGCAGACCGAUCCCAGCGGCAGAGCGAUUGCGAUCCACAAGGCCAAGUACGCCGAUGCGUGA